GGUGAUUGGAUUAUCGUUCUGUCUAAUCGUGGACAUUGGUUGGGAGAUCAACGCUCUGGAUUACCUACGGCAAACUUUGCCCUAGGCCCUAGCAGUACAAAAAGGCAGAAGUCCACCCGUCUCCUGUUCUCCCUCCGCCGUCGCGUCACCCGCGCCGAUCCCCCAUCUCCAUCUCCUCGCUAGUUCGCCCGCCGCGCCGCCUUGCCUUCGCCGAUUUCCAUCCAUCCAUUCCGCGAUGAGAGCUUCCGCCUCCGAUUGAGCCACAUCAGCCAGAAAUACAGGUGGCAUUUGAUCGCCUUCCUCACCAACUCGAACCUCAUCGCUACUCUGUCCGUCUCCUUGCUGCAGCCCACGACCACCAAAGUACCCUCUCCAACUUGGGUGGAAGCUGAAAGUCAGAAACCCCUCCUCCUCUCUGGUGGUAGCGAUGCUUCCGCAAAGCCAGAGCAGCUCACUGCAACGCCUCAACCAUGUCGAGCAGCGGAUAGUCCAGCUGAUGCAACUGGCGGGGGCGGUCAUGGAGGAGCUUGGGAACUCGCAGGGUCCCCGCCCCGAGAAAGUCGUUGCCCACUGCCGCGAGUACAUGCUCACCAUCAAGGAAAUUCAAACGACAUUGCGUGAGGAAAUCAAAAGUGCCUGCGAAUAUCGCCCAUUUGAGAAGUCUGACUACAGUGCAAGGAUUGCUAAUGAGAUUAGUUGCAAAAAGGUGGAAUAUGUACUUGAGAAGUUGGAUGCUAUGCAAACAAACAUUGAAAAAUGCACCAGUUAAUUUAUAAAAAGCUACCUGUCUACCUACUGGGUUAACAGUGGCACAAGUGUGACUGGAGCGGUUUACAAAAGAACAUGACUGUCGGUGGAUCUCAAGUUAGCUUGCAAACGCGCAAGGCAUCAUUCAACUAUGAAAUGUAAUAAUUUAUAUUUGGUUUACAGUGCUUUGGUCUAGGUUGUGAGAAGCAGCUAGUGAGAAUGACAUCUAGUUGAUUUCCUAGAUUAUACAAAUAUACCUUCUCAUAAUAUGAAUGAAAAACUGAAUUGUUUAGAGGAGCGUGUUAUUCUGAAUCUCUUUUCAGACAGGCCUAGGACAUUUAACUAUUUAUCACUUUUAAAAUGUGGUAAUUAAUGAUUUGUCACUCGCUGUCUAUUAUAUAUGGGCCAUUGGGCCCUGAUAUGUUUA